UGUGUCCCAUCUCGCUCUCGCCUCUGUCCUCCGCCAAAUCCCCAAAUCGCAGCCCCCCGAUCCGCCGCCGGCUCCGAUUCCCCACCGCCGUUGACCGCGCAAAUGACCUCCGGCCCGCCGUCGCCUUCCGGCAAGGCCUACUCCCGCAAAUCUGGCCCCAAAUCCUCCAAGCCGUCCGCCCCCCGCUCCUUAGACGCUCACAAUGGCUCCGUGAUCCCCACCGUGACCUUCCCGUUCCCCUCCUCGCCGGCAGCGCGGAGAGAACUCCGCCGCCGCCUCUCCUCCGAGCUCUCCCAGGUGCGCGGCGCCUACAAGCGCAUAAACUCCCUCCCCAACGCGCCCGCGCCCUCCUCCGCGCUCUCCGCCACUGACCCCUCCACCCCGCUCCCGCCGCACCCGUCCUCCGUCUCCAAGCACAAGUCGUCCAAGAAGGGCCCGCCGAACCCGGCUGGUUCCGCGGAGGCGCGGCGCAAGCUCUACGCGCCCGUGUUCAAGAGCUGCGCCUUGCUGCUCGCCAGGCUCAUGAAGCACAAGCACGGCUGGGUGUUCAACGUGCCCGUCGACGCCAGCGCGCUCGGCCUGCACGACUACCACACCAUCAUCGUCAAGCCCAUGGACCUCGGCACCGUCAAGUCGCGGCUCGCCGAGGGGCACUACAAGUCGCCGCGGGAGUUCGCGACUGAAGUCCGCCUCACUUUCCAGAACGCCAUGAAGUACAACCCGAAGGGGCAGGACGUGUACUUCAUGGCCGAGCAGCUUCUAAACAUGUUCGAGGAGAAGUGGCCGGAGAUUGAAGCCGAGAUGGCUCAGCUGUCGCCACAGCCGCCGACACCGUCAUCGGCUGCACCACCCAAGAAGCCGAGGGAGAUCGAGAAUUCUAGGGUGUUAGAGAGGUCUGACUCCACGGCGCAUCCUGCAGGACUGGAGGCUACCCCAAAGCAGCACACUGGCACUGGCACUGGCACUGGCAGACCCCCGGUUUUAAAGAAGCCCAAGGCAAGGGAACCUAAUAAGAGGGAGAUGACCUUCUGGGAGAAGCAGCGGCUUAGUAACGACCUCCAGGACUUGCCAGCCGAGAAGCUUGACAAUGUUGUGCAAAUCAUAAAGAAGAGGAACUCCUCGCUCAAUCAGCAUGAUGAUGAGAUCGAGGUUGAUAUAGAUAGCUUCGAUGUAGAGACAUUGUGGGAACUUGAUAGAUUUGUGACGAAUUACAAGAAAAGUAUAACCAAGAAUAAGCGCAAGGCGGAGCUUUCCGUGGCAAGGCAGGAUGAGUCCGAGCAUGAGCCGGAUUUGGAGAAGAUUGAGCAUGCAAGGCAGGAUGAGGGAGAACAGGAUCAGAUGAUCAAUGCACAAGAGACGUUACAGAUACCGGAACCAGAAGCAGUUGAUGUGGUAGAUGUGGAACCACCUAUGGUUGACGCUGAACCAUCCAAGGAAAUUGCAGCAGAUGACAAUGGGAGGUAUGUCGGUUCAUCAUCACCCGCCCAUUUGGAAGAUCAGAAAGGAGAAAACGCCGGUAGAUCAAGUAGUUCUGGAAGCUCUAGCAGUGAAUCAGGGUCUUCCUCCAGCGAUACAGAUUCCGAUAGUUCAUCCGCAGAUGGAUCUGAUGCUGCACAGUCACCCAAAUCGUAACAUCGAUAGGCCAGAUCUUAACUUCAGACAGAAGAUGAUAACUUGUAAGUUCACCAAAGAUUGUGGCACCAUAUGGUCGACAAGAUUCGAUGUUGCCGUCUGUAAAUUUUGGCCAUGUAGGGAAGCCUAAUUGUUGCUGCUGUCUGUGUUGCUGUUUGGCCUUUGUUAGCCUCAUAGUUGAUGCCGGAGCCCGCGCAUGCAUUUCAUGCGCCUGUACCAUUAUUUGCAGUUAUGUACUUAUUGUAGAGUGCUGCGUUUUACCUAGUCAUUGCGCUGGAAGUUACCUAACAUUGGACAGAAGAACCUGCAAAUCAGGCAAGUAAAGACAGCCGGUGAAGAAGACCAGGAACCUGGAGGGCUCUCACCCUGUUGUAAGAUUGUAAAAUUGUUAUAGUUGGGUAAUCUCGUUUGUUCUGUUUUGGAACUAGCUAGUCUGUAAUUUAUGUUGUGUUGGAUUAGCAUGGAUAAUCUUUCGGGUGGUACUGGUUGUUAUAAGAUCUCCGCACACGUGUUUGAGCUGAAACAUUAGAUAGAAUCUGUCUGGCUGUCAUUUAUCUCCA